UUUCUGCAAGUUCUUCUCAGGUUAACAUUUCAUCUGACUUAAGGAUCAGGAAGGAAAAAAUCUGCAUGAGUAAGAAACAUGCACAAUUCAGUUUCCAGGUGCUGACUGGAAGCUACACUCCCGUAUGUUGUAUGGCUCACUUAAAUUUUCCAACAGCCUAAGAAUCACUUGUAGGACGGACCGUCCUAGAAUCAUUUUCUUGAAAACUCUUGGACUUCUCGAGGCUUACUUUAAGCAACAAUAAUUCCAUAAGAGUGCUAUGAUUACCACAUACAAUUUGCAGUUCUCCUUUUGUUAGUAACUCUGUGGAUUGCUUGUUAUAGUUCAAGAAUUUAGCUGAGUUGCUAAAGCCAUGUUUUAACCUUGCUGGAGAUUGUCACCUUUGGGCAGUCAUUCCCAAGUGUGGAGUGUAAAAGACUUCACGUUUCAUUUUAAGGGUUCUGAAGUCCAGAUCUUGAGUUUAAUAAUGGCAGGAAAAUCAUCACUUUUUAAAGUAAUUCUCCUUGGAGAUGGUGGAGUUGGGAAGAGUUCUCUUAUGAACAGAUACGUGACUAAUAAGUUUGAUACCCAGCUCUUCCAUACCAUAGGUGUGGAAUUUCUAAAUAAAGAUCUGGAGGUGGAUGGACAUUUUGUGACCAUGCAGAUUUGGGACACCGCUGGUCAGGAGCGAUUCAGAAGCCUGAGGACACCGUUUUACAGAGGCUCUGACUGUUGCCUGCUUACUUUUAGUGUCGAUGAUUCUCAAAGCUUCCAGAACUUGAGUAACUGGAAGAAAGAAUUCAUAUAUUAUGCAGAUGUGAAAGAGCCUGAAAGCUUCCCCUUCGUAAUUUUGGGGAACAAGAUUGACAUAAACGAACGGCAAGUGUCUACGGAAGAAGCCCAGGCCUGGUGCAGGGACAACGGCGACUAUCCUUACUUUGAAACAAGUGCAAAAGAUGCCACAAAUGUCGCCGCAGCCUUCGAGGAAGCAGUUCGGAGAGUGCUUGCUAGCGAGGAUAGGUCAGAUCACUUGAUUCAGACAGACACGGUCAGUCUUCACCGCAAGCCCAAACCUAGCUCCUCCUGCUGUUGACCGUGACCGGGGUUGCCCGGGCAUCCUAACCCGCUCACGCGUACACACAGAGCGGGGCGGGGUGGAAGGGGGAAUUAGCAUUUGCAGCAAGGAUCAUCUACUCAUAAAAUGAAACUAACCUAUUUGCUGCUUCCUGAGUGGGUAGGAGAAGGGACACAUCCACUCUUGGAAGGAUCUAUUUACUCAGUAACGGCGCCUUACAUGCAUACAUUGUAACGGUUGUCUAAUCUGUUUAAUUUAAACGUAUAAGUUACAGUGCUAAUAAAUGAGAUGACCCAGACUUUAAUUAUAAUUAAAACAAAACACUUGAAUAUUCUAGAAGUUACUGGUUUUUUUUCCUGGGAAAAAUGGAGACCCUUUUAUAUGUGUAUUUUUAUGUAAUUAGCAUUCUAUUCUUGGUUCAGGGAAAUACUUUCCUAAAGCAAUAAUGUUAGAUAUUAAAGAUUAAAGUCUAAUGCAUUUG